ACCGAUUCGCUCCCGCCUCCCGCUGCCCCUCUCGCCAACUCAGGAGGAGCCAUGGGGCGCUGGGCCUGGGUCCCCAGCCCCUGCCCCCCACCUGGGCUGUGUGCCUUCCUGCUGCUGCUGUUGCUGCUGCUGCUUCCUCGGGGGACCCAGCCCCAGGCCAGAGGGGAUGGCACAGAACCCCCAGAACCUAAUGCCACAGCCCCCCUUGGGGGCCCCAUGAUCCCUGUGACCUCUGUGACCCCCAAGAUCCCAGCAACAAGUGCUCCAGAGGCAGAGGUGGAGGCAGAGGGACCCCAAGGUGGGGAGCUCCAGUCCCCAACCAGGGUGGCUCCCUCCCGCAGUGGCCCAGGGAGCCAAGUGCUUACCGAGGCCGGGCAGCCCUGCAGGUUCCCCUUCCGCUAUGGAGGCCGGAUGCUGCACUCCUGCACCCUGGAGGGAAGCGCCCGCAGGAAGUGGUGUGCGACCACUCACAACUAUGACCGGGACAGGGCCUGGGGCUACUGUGUGGAGGUUGUCCUGCCUCUGGAGGACCCAGCUGCCCUUGACCCCUGUGCCUCCGGGCCUUGCCUCAAUGGGGGCACGUGCUCCAGCACCCAAGACCCCGUGUCCUAUCAUUGCACCUGCCCCCUGGCCUUCACUGGCAAGAACUGCAACAUCGGGAAGUGCUUCGAUGAGACCCGCUAUGAGUACCUGGAGGUGGGUGACCGCUGGGCCCGCGUGCACCAGGGCCACGUGGAGCAGUGUGACUGCGUGGGCGGCCAGGCCCGGUGCGAAGAUGCCCACCACACAGCUUGCCUGAGCAGCCCAUGCCUGAACGGAGGUACCUGCCACCUGAUCCUGGGCACCGGGACCAGCGUCUGCGCCUGCCCGCCAGGCUAUGCUGGGAGGCUCUGCAACAUUGUGCCCACAGAGCGCUGCUUUCUGGGGAAUGGCACUGAGUACCGUGGCGUGGCCAGCACUGCGGCCUCGGGCCUGGGCUGCCUGGCCUGGAACUCCGACUUGCUGUACCAGGAGCUGCACGUGGACUCGGUGGGCGCUGCCGCCCUGCUAGGCCUGGGCCCCCACGCCUACUGCCGGAACCCGGACAAGGAUGAGAGGCCGUGGUGCUACGUGGUGAAGGACAGCGCGCUCUCCUGGGAGUAUUGCCGCCUGGCCUCCUGUGACCUGGUGACCUCUGCUCCAGAAUCCUUGGUCAGAGUCCAGCCCCCGCCCCCUGAGGUCCUGGUGACCCUGCCAGAGCCAGCCCCGGCUGGACGCCCAACCUGUGGCAAGAGGCACAAGAAGAGGACAUUCCUGAGGCCACGGAUCGUGGGCGGCUCCUCCUCCCUGCCUGGCUCCCACCCCUGGCUGGCUGCCAUCUACAUAGGGGGCAGCUUCUGUGCUGGGAGCCUCAUCCACACCUGCUGGGUUGUGUCUGCUGCCCACUGCUUCUCCAGUAGUCCCCCCAGGGAGAGCGUCUCGGUGGUGCUGGGCCAGCACUUCUUCAAUCGCACCACAGACGUGACCCAGACGUUUGGCAUCGAGAAGUACAUCCCCUACUCCCUAUACUCGGUGUUCAACCCCAGUGACCAUGACCUUGUCCUGAUCCGGCUGAAGAAGAAGGGCGAGCGCUGUGCGGUCCGCUCCCAGUUUGUCCAGCCCAUCUGCCUGCCCGAGCCUGGUGUCUCCUUCCCCCCUGGACAAAAGUGCCAGAUCGCAGGCUGGGGCCAUGUGGAUGAGAAUGUGAGCAGCUACUCCAGCUCUCUACGGGAGGCACUGGUGCCCCUGGUCCCUGACCACAAGUGCCGCAGCCCCGAGGUCCAUGGUGCCGACAUCAGCCCCAACAUGCUCUGCGCGGGCUACUUCGACUGCAAGGCCGACGCUUGCCAGGGUGACUCAGGUGGGCCCCUGGCCUGUGAGAAGAACGGGGUGGCCUACCUGUAUGGCAUCAUCAGCUGGGGCGAUGGCUGUGGGCGCGGCAAGCCAGGCGUGUACACCCGCGUGGCCAACUAUGUGGAUUGGAUCAGUGACCGGAUACGGCCUUCCAAGCGGCCUACAGCGCCCUCCUGAAGCUCAGGACAGCCGUCCUUUCCCACUGCCUGCCUCACCGACAAUAAAGACCUCUCCUGGCA